UGGUGAUUACCUAUUUUGGAAUUUUAUUAAGAACAGACACGUGUGUGUAACUCUUCUUUGGCUGGUUUCACUGCAGCUUAUACGCGGGAAAGAGCGAGCAUGUCGAGUUAGUCCUGUUUGGCAAUCGGUAUGUACUACUACUAUACAGCUGGCUGUUUUACGACACAACAAUUAGUGAUAGCUCUCUCUCUUUCUCUUUCUCUCUUUCUGUGCAACGAUGCAAUUCUGUCAUUAACAUGCUCUGUUGUUUGUAUAAGAAGAAAGACGUUUUAUGGAAAUGAACUAGGAAUAAUAAUAAUAAUAAUAAGAGUAGACAAUAGGGAAAUGCUGAGCAGGGACAAGGGAGGAGAAAGGGUUGUUUAUAGCUGGAGGGAUGCAAGUGUUGUUGUUGUUGUUGUUAUAUGUGGAAAGAGGAAGAAGAUGAUAUAAAAGGGGGAUUCCUUUUUUGUAGUGUGCAUUGUUGUGUAUAUAGAAUAAAUGUAGUAGCGAAGAUGUAGUGUGUGUGUUAUUUAAUGGUGACAA